AUGACACCACGAGGGACUGCGCAUUCCCAAAUUCUGUUGGGAAGAUCGGCGGCAGCCCCUGCACAACGAAGCGGCCAUUUGUCUGCAAAACAGCCAAGCGUGGAGGGCCUCGACAGCUGCCACCAUUAGUCAGCCAACAGGGCUGGACUGACAAAUGCGGCUGGUGGCUGGACGACCCCUCGGACGACUUCUGCUACCUGAUGAUCCGCCAGCCCACCAAGACCUGGCAGGAGGCGCAAGCCGACUGCAAAGGCCGCCAAGGGAACCUGCUCAGCAUCGCCGACUCGGACGAGCAGGGCUUCGUACGCGGUAUCGCCAAGCUUCUGGCGAUGAAUGAUGACGCCUCCCUGUGGUUGGGCGCCGACGCCUCCAUCAAGCGUGACGGCGACAAGUGGACUGACGGAUCCCCCUUCUCUUACCUCCGCUCGAGUGCAGGUGUCCCUGAAGGGGGGAAAUGUCUUUUCAUGCUCACUGGCAGCGGCGACUGGAAGCGCGACACGUGCGACAACAAGAGAGGCUACGUCUGCAAGAAAAGAAGUAAGUGA